AGAAUUGACAGCAACAUGAAAUGUCAGUAAUUUUUCUUUUCUCGAUAAAAGAAGGAAAAGUGCUUUGAACAAGAAAGGUGUGGUUGGAAAACAUAAAUUUUACUAUUAGAUUAAUGCAGUUAGCUUAUAGAAAUUGUUAAAGAUCUUCCGAAAAGUGUUAAUAUUACAUAUUAGAGCUUCAGCAUAAUGGCAGGACGUCUACCGGCGUGUGUGAUCGACGUGGGCACAGGCUAUACGAAGUUGGGGUAUGCAGGUAACAAAGAACCGCAAUUCAUCAUUCCAUCGGCAAUUGCGAUUAAGGAGACGGCACGCGUGGGAGAUACGAAUACGCGGCGAAUAACAAAAGGCGUCGAAGAUUUGGAUUUCUAUAUUGGCGAUGAAGCAUUCGAUGCCACCGGAUACUCGGUGAAGUACCCAGUGCGUCAUGGUCUAGUGGAAGACUGGGAUUUGAUGGAACGAUUUCUGGAGCAGUGUAUUUUUAAAUAUUUGCGCGCCGAACCAGAAGAUCACCACUUUUUGCUAACCGAGCCCCCACUAAAUACACCAGAAAAUCGCGAAUAUACCGCUGAGAUUAUGUUUGAAACAUUUAAUGUUCCUGGUCUCUACAUUGCAGUGCAGGCUGUACUUGCAUUGGCCGCCAGCUGGGCUGCCAGGCCUGUGGAAGGACGCACACUUACUGGCAUUGUUGUAGAUAGCGGCGAUGGUGUAACACACGUUAUUCCCGUGGCCGAAGGCUACGUUAUUGGGUCUUGCAUCAAACAUAUUCCAAUUGCUGGCCGCAAUAUCACCUCAUUCAUACAGAGUUUGUUGCGCGAACGUGAAGUUGGCAUACCGCCUGAGCAAAGUUUAGAGACUGCCAAAGCAAUCAAAGAAAAGCACUGUUAUAUUUGUCCAGACAUCGCCAAAGAAUUUGCCAAAUACGAUACGGAACCUGGCAAAUGGAUACGUAACUACACUGGAACUAACGCGGUGACCAAGCAACCAUUCAGUGUGGAUGUGGGCUACGAACGUUUCUUAGGACCUGAGAUUUUCUUCCAUCCCGAAUUUUCAAAUCCUGAUUUUACCAUUCCACUAUCGGAGAUCGUAGACAACGUCAUACAAAAUUGUCCGAUUGAUGUGCGACGACCUCUAUAUAAUAAUAUCGUUUUGAGUGGUGGUUCGACUAUGUUCAAAGAUUUUGGUCGUCGUUUGCAGCGUGAUAUCAAGCGAUCAGUUGAUACGCGUCUACGAAUCAGCGAAAAUUUAUCAGAGGGUCGCAUCAAGCCAAAACCAAUCGAUGUACAAGUCAUUACACAUCAUAUGCAGCGAUAUGCAGUGUGGUUUGGAGGUAGCAUGUUGGCAUCUACGCCUGAGUUUUAUCAAGUGUGCCACACAAAGGCUGCCUAUGAAGAAUAUGGUCCUGGCAUUUGUCGUCACAAUCCUGUUUUCGGCACCAUGACAUAAUCAUAUAUCAGACCGUGCCCACAUAUUUGUUUUCUCUCCUAUCUAUUAGAUUUCCAUUUCUUUUUAAUUUUGUUAUAUGCAAAAGUGCAGAUAUUUACGUCGAAGCUAAAACAGAUUUCAAAUAGACGGUACAAGGCGGUGUAAUGCACAUAACA